AAAGAAAUGUGCUAAAAUUAAUGGAUGACGUCUCGACUGAUGUGUCCAAGGAAGGAUCUGGACCUAAUCUGACGUAGAAGAAGCUUUGGUGAAACCAUGCCAAUACAUGUUAGGUUUUCAGGUCCACACAAACCUAAAAAAGCAUAGGUUCUGACCAGAUAAAUAAUUGUAAGGGGCAGUGGACGAAGCUGAAUGUUUUUGGAAGGAAGCUUGAGAAGGGUUUUACAGCUAUGUGUAUUUUAAAGAUUCGACUGAAGAUCUCAUUUUAGUCCUGGAACUUUUUAAAAACCAUUUUAUAACAGUUUCCUUUAUCAUUUUCCUUUAUAACGCUUAUAACGGUUAAGAAGACUUCCAUUGUGCUCUCCCUCUCCCAUACGCUAUUCAACCACUUCUCAUGACUGGAAGCGCGCAAGCGUACUGCAUGUAAACAAUGGUCCACCGGCAGUGGAAUGAAGGAAUUUACUCACAGCCAAAGCGUAAACAGGAAGCACAUGGUACACACCAACACAACGAGAGAAGAACACAUACAGAGAAAUACAGUUAUACAUGUGAAGGCAAACCGGGGUGUCUGCGCUAAAAAGGAAUGCAGUAAAAAAAGAAGGCAAUCAUUAAAAUACGAAAAUAGAAGUAGAACACAAUGAAGAGGAAGCAACCAAGCAUAAUUAUGUGUAGUAAAAGGUAAAAAAAAGAAAACAAGCUGAAUGGCAUAACGCAACGCUAUGCACUAAAAAUAAAACGCUCGAGUGCCUCACACACAUACGAGACACGGAUAAGUACACAAAAGCACUUUGGGACACACAGUGAGACACACACAGAAAUAUUUGGGUACAAGCGCAAACCGCACUCAACGUCGCAAUCUAGUGAUUUUAUAGUCCACCGCAAGGACGAUACAAACGACACACACAGUCUUCGUCAGUCGUUCAAUCGGUCCGUGCGCGGGACGGCCUAGCGCUGCUGUCGCUACUCUACAUUAAACAUUUGUAAAAUGCUGCAGCUACAAAAUGCUACUGAAAAAAUAUGUCAAAAAUCGACGAAAGUUGAAAAUACUCUUUCUGCUCAUGGUCAUAGCGCUGAUUGUGAUUACCGUGGUCAUAUUGAACAUCUCGCCGAAUGUGAGCUCCACUGAACGUGUGCUCGACGAACGCUUCAUAGCGCGCAUCUACGGCGGCGGUGGCAGUGGUGGUGUUGGCGUUGUCAGCAGCCACGACAACCGCUUGGAGCAGCCACCGCUGAAAUCGCCGCGCCAAAAUGGCGUUAUUGUGCCCGAGAAGUAUGACGAGAACAAGGUGAAGGCGCGCAUAGCACAGGAGCGUGUGCUGCAGCUGCGGCAGGAACAGCAGCAGCAGCGCAAUGUCAUCGACGCCGCGGAGGAGCACACCAAGCUGGAUGCCGUGACGACGGGUGUGCACAUCUUCUACAGCGCGCCUGUCGCCUGGUACAAGACGAAGAAGCCGCAAUUGAUUGCGCCACAGUUACAGCUGCGUGGUGCCGCCAAAGAGCUGCUCAGCGAUAUUUCCGACGCCGUCCUAUCUUCUUCAACAUCGCUUACUUUAUCAUCAGCGCCAACAACUACAACGACAACAGUGAAGCCAGUGCGUAUACUCAACACCGCCUUCUAUCCGGCUUUGGGUCUGUACAAGCCCACCGCCAGUUUGCUGCAGAAGCAUUUCGAUAACAUACACAAUUGCGGCAUUGGUGUGCUCAUACUCAGCUGUAGCGGCAAAGCGGGCGAGCCGGAACUCUAUCGUCAGCUGUUGGAACUGGCGCCCAGCUAUAAUUUGAGCAUUACUUUCGAGAUUAGCGUGGCGGGCAAUCAGAGUGUGGGGUUUCUGCAGCAGCAAUUGGAGGCGGUGCGUCGCUACUCGACCGCCGAGAGUUUCUAUCGUGUCUACUCGCUGACGCGUAAGCGUUUGUUGCCCGUGAUUUACGUAAGCAAUGCGUAUAAGUUAAGUGAAACGCCGGCUGGUCGUGCUUUGUGUCCAACGCACCCGGAGUCGUUGCGGCGCAUUUUUGAUGCCUACUUUAUUGGGCAUAUUCGCCUCAAAAACCACGUGGAUAUUAUGCGACGACUCUGCUUCGAAGGCUUCUACAAUAAGCUACCAAGCAAUGGCGCCACAUUUGCGAGCACCUGGAAGAAUUGGUCAUAUUUGAAAUCCUACGCUUUGACAUACAAAAUGUUAUUUGUGCCAACAGUGGGACCAGGUUUUGCGGAGCGGAAUAAAUUUCCACGACACGGUGAUAUACAAAGACAUCGCAGCAAUGGCAGGUACUAUGGCGUCGCUUGGCGCACAGCCAUACUCAACCACGUGGGCUUUAUUAGCAUUGCCAGCUACAAUAAUUGGCCGGAUGGCAGUCAAAUCGAGGAGGUCAUGCCGAAGGCGGGAUUUCUCGAUUAUAAUCCCGGUGCAAAAACUAAGUAUAUCGAUUUGACAACACAUUGGGUGGGUAAUUUCUUGAAGACACGUCAUGAGGCGGCCGCUGUUGCUGUACUCGGUCAGCCAAGUUGUUAUGAAUAUUUGAAUAAUACAAUUUGUUGAAUGCCGUUAUUGAAGAUGAAGGUAAAAAAUAACACAAAACUAAAAGUUGGAAAGCAUAAUAAAUAAUUUUAAAUAAAAUAAAAUAAAUAAAAGUUAAAAAUAAAUAAUAAAUAAAAUAAUUAAAAUAAACUAUCAGUGAUAUCAAUAAUUAAAAUUCAUAAUAAUAUGAAAUUAAAAAAAAAAAUACUUAAAAAGAAAAUUUGAAACUGAACUGUAAACUCUCUGCAAUUAUGGCAACAACAACAAAAGUUCAAUAAUCACAUUACUUUCUUUGAAAUUAAUUGAGAUAUAUACAUACAUAAAUAUAUAAAAUUUAUAAAAUAUAUAUAAACAAUAACUUUAGAUAAUGAAGUCAUAUUAAAAUGGCCGACGCCAUAAAAACAUUUUGCUGUGCAUUAGAAACUUUAUAUUUAUACUAAAAUUAUGCAUAUUUAUGCCUAAAAAUAUAUAUAUUAAUAACUAGUAUACUUAAUAUUUAUAUACUCUACAUACAUAUUUAUAAAACAUUAUUAAUAAUAGUGGAGGGUGUGUGCAGUUAAAUUGAGGAGACUUUUUAAGAGGACUUAAUUGAAGGGUUAGACCUAAACCAUUAGAGAAGAAAAAUCCUUACGAGAAAUUCCUUAGCGAGACCAGGUCCAAAGAAUUCCCUUCCUUUCCUCAUU